AUGAAACAAUUUGUGGUGCUCGCACUAACUCUCUGCAUGGCCUUGGCCUUCGUCUGCGGACAUCCUACACCGCUGGAGGAGCAGGAACCGCAACUCACCUUGGAUGAUGUGGAUGCCAAGCCAGUCAACGAUGUUGCCGGUAGUCGUACUGCACGCGGCUUCUGCUGCGGUGGUGGUGGUGGCUACGGUGGCUUUCCCGGAGGUGGCUUCGGUGGUGGUGGCUACGGUGGCUACCCCGGAGGUGGCUACGGUGGCUUCGGUGGCUUCCCCAGAGGUGGCUACGGUGGCUUCGGACGUCGAGGUGGUUAUGGUGGUGGCAGUGCUUCAGCCUCAGCCUCAGCAUCGGCAUCCGGCGGCGGAUACGGCGGAUACGGCAAAUAAAGUGAAACGAACUUAAUGUAAUUAUAAGACAAACAAAUUAAAUAAAUAAAAACGAGAAGAAAUACAACAAAAUUAAAUAUCGUUUGCACGACAAAGAUUAUAUAUUCGGCUCAAAUCAAAUUGCAUUCAAGAAGUAAGAAUAUUGUAGUCGAGUGAGAUCGACAUUUAGAUACCCAGAGGAGCCAGCUAUUAAAUAUAUUCCCAUUUUAUUGUAAAAUUUCCCCUAAAAAUGUUAAAUUUGAGAACAUGUUUUCACUACAUCUUGUGUUUUUUUUAUUCGAUCUUGACAA